UUUGCCGCCUCUACCUACGCUCAGUUGCUCACGUCAGAGGAAGAGGGGGCACAGCAGGUCUCUGGCUCAGCACAACGUCUUCUGCCCGCCCCAAAGAGGAGGAGGAGGAGGAGGAAGGCGGCAGCGCCACACGCCUGCAAGGGAAGAAGGGGGAACUGGCUCAGCCCCUCUCCCCCUCCUACCAAGGUGCCCGUCACUAACUCCGUUUUGUACUGAAGAUGUCUAACAGCAACACGACGCAGGAGACACUGGAGAUAAUGAAAGAGUCGGAAAAGAAGCUGGUGGAGGAAUCUGUGAACAGAAACAAAUUUGUAUCCAGGUCGCCAAGCAAAGAGGAAGUGGAGAAGGACGGGGAGGAGAGCAGCAGUCGGCCAGAAUCGCAGAGGCGGACGUCAAAUCAUGGGCACGCCAGAAAAAGAGCCAAGUCAAAUUCGAAGCUGAAGCUAGUCAGGGGCCUGGCUGUAUGUGAAGAAUCCUCUAAUCCCUUUGUGGAUGGGCUAUUGGAGACCCAGGAUAUCAUACAGUUGCACAUCAGUUGCCCCUCAGACAAAGAAGAUGAAAAAUCUGCAAAAGAUGGUCCUGAAAAAGAAGAAAAAGAGAAAAAUAAGGAGAAGGCCCCCAAGAAAAUGCUGUCUAGAGAUUCUAGCCAGGAAUACACGGACUCCACUGGAAUAGAUCUGCAUGAAUUUUUAGUAAAUACACUGAAGAAAAAUCCAAGGGAUAGGAUGAUGCUGCUAAAAUUAGAACAGGAGAUCCUGGAAUUUAUUAAUGAUAACAACAAUCAGUUCAAGAAGUUUCCCCAAAUGACCUCAUACCACAGAAUGCUUUUACAUCGGGUAGCUGCCUAUUUUGGCAUGGACCACAACGUAGACCAAACUGGGAAAGCCGUCAUUAUCAACAAGACCAGUAACACAAGAAUCCCCGAACAGAGGUUCUCUGAGCACAUUAAAGACGAGAAGAGCUCUGAGUUUCCACAGAGGUUCAUCCUAAAGCGAGACGACACCAGCAUGGAUCGGGAUGAUAAUCAGAUCAGAAUCCCAUUGCAGGAUGGACGGAGGAGCAAAUCUAUAGAAGAGCGAGAAGAGGAGUAUCAGAGGGUUCGAGAACGCAUAUUUGCACGAGAAUCGGGCCAGAACGGAUUCCUGAACGAUAGCAGACUCUUCAAAGAAGGCUUUUCUUCUAGCUCUCACAAAAGGCGGCAGAUCUUUAGGGGCAACCGGGACGGGCUCAGCCGGGCCUCCGGCAGCCGCCAGAGCAGCACGGAGAGUGAUAUGAAGUCGCUGGAGCCCCGGCCGUGGAGCAGCACCGACUCGGAUUGCUCCGCCCGCAGUCUGCGACCUCCCGUCACCAAAGCCAGCAGCUUCAGCGGCAUUUCCAUCCUGACCCGAGGAGACAGCAUCGGCGGCAUCGGCAAAGGAAGUGGCACCAACAGGACCAUCCGGCCAGGUCUGUCGCUCAGUACCCCGGAAGCGUGCAGCCAGGUCUCCUCUGCUCCGUCUAGCCGAGGCCUUUUGCCAUGUGCUGCUCAGCCACAGCCGCAGCCGCAGCAGCACCAGCCGCUCCCACCCACGCCUCAGCAACAGCCAAUGAUGAGUAAUCACAUCCUAUCCCAGCCGCAGGCCGAGGAGCUUAACGGUCCCUUUGGGCAGAUCAGCCUCAGCCGCCAGGGCUCCACGGAAGCGCCGGACCCCUCCUCGGCCAUGUUCCAGCCGCCACUCAUGCCUCAGCAUCCUCAGCAGACGGGAUUCAUCAUGGCUUCCCCAGGGCAGCCGAUCACUGCCUCCAACUACUCUGCCUCGGGACACACAGCGCCGGCCCAGCAGGUCCUGCAGCCCCAGAGCUAUAUGCAGCCUCCCCAGCAAAUUCAGGUUUCUUACUACCCUCCCGGGCAGUACCCAAACUCCAGCCAGCAAUAUCGACCUCUCUCUCACCCGGUGGCCUAUAGCCCGCAGCGCAGCCAACAGCUGCCUCAGCAGUCCCAGCAGCCUGGUUUACAGCCAGUCAUGUCCAACCAGCAGCAGACGUACCAAGGCAUGAUAGGAGUGCAGCAGCCCCAGGGCCAAAGUCUCCUCAGCAACCAGCGCGGCAACAUGGGCUGCCAGAUGCAAAGCAUGAUGGGCGUGCAGCCGUCCCAGAACCAGGGCCUCCUCAGCAACCAGCGAGGAAACGUGGGCAGCCAGAUGCAAGGCCUGAUGGUCCAGUACACUCCACUGCCUUCAUAUCAAGUCCCAGUGGCUAACGAGUCUCAGGGCGUGGUCCAACAGCCCUUCCAGCAGCCUGUGCUGGUACCUGCAAACCAGUCUGUUCAAGGAGGACUGCAAGCUGGUGGGAUGCCUGUCUAUUACAGUGUCAUUCCACCUGCCCAGCAGAAUGGCACCAGCCCCUCAGUUAGCUUUCUGCAGGCUCCUGGGACAGAGCAGUACCAGAUGCCCCAGUCCCCUUCGCCCUGCAGCCCGCCACAGAUGCAGCAGCAGUAUUCAGGGGUGUCUCCAACAGGGCCUGGCGUUGUGGUGAUGCAGCUCAACGUGCCCAACGGCCCCCAGCCCCCCCAGAACCCUUCCAUGGUGCAAUGGAACCACUGCAAGUACUACAGCUUGGACCAGCGAGGACAAAAGCCUGGCGACAUCUACAACCCAGACACCAGCGCUCAGGCCAGCAGCACACAGCUGAACAGCCCCAUCACUUCCCCCACACAGUCCCCGACCCCAUCGCCUGUCACCAGCCUCAACAGUGUCUGCACGGGUCUCAGCCCUCUCCCAGUGCUCACGCAGUUCCCCCGGCCUGUGGGCCCAGCACAAGGUGAUGGGCGCUAUUCUUUGCUGGGCCAGCCACUGCAGUACAAUCUCUCCAUCUGCCCCCCACCUCUGCUGCACAACCAGUCUAGCUAUACGGCACACCAGGGACAAACAGGGAUGAAGCACGGCAAUCGAGGCAAGAAGCAGGCUCUCAAGUCAGCAUCCACAGACCUCGGAACAAGUGAUGUAGUCCUGGGCCGCGUGCUGGAGGUAACGGACCUACCUGAGGGCAUCACGCGCACGGAGGCCGACAAACUCUUCACCCAACUAUCCCUGUCUGGUGCCAAAAUCCAGUGGCUCAAAGAGACUCAGGGGCGUCCUGGAGGGGGCGGCGGCGGCGGCGGCGGCGACAACCACGGGACUGCGGAGAACGGCAGGCAUUCGGACCUCGCUGCCUUAUACACCAUUGUGGCCGUCUUCCCCAGCCCCUCGGCAGCCCAGAAUGCCUCCCUGCGCCUCAACAACUCCCUCAGCCGCUUCAAGUUGCGUAUGGCCAAAAAGAACUACGACUUGCGUGUGCUGGAGCGUGCCAGCUCCCAAUAGGGGCAGGCAGAGGGGCAGGGGGGGCGACAAGCACACUGGACUGACCUCUCCGGCCCCCUCUAAGCCCCUGACUGGCCCCCUUCUGCCUUUUUUCCUCCACCCCCAUCCCUUUAUUUCCACACGCACCUACCCUUCUUUUUUAAUUUUUGGUGGGGGAGGGGGGAUCUUCCUGGAGAUAUUUAUAUGGACAGAAUGAAGAGAAGAUAAAAUUGAUUAUUUUUGUUUUUGUUUUGGGAUUUCCUUUUUCUUUUUUCUUCUUUUUUUGCGUGAAAGAACAUGUCCCACCCCUUGCCCCCUCUCCGGAACACGUGUAUAUUGUUUUUGUUCAGCGUUGUGCCGCGGUACGGAACCGUAUUUAAUUGCACAUACUGAUGUUGGCUGGGUAUGUUCACUGUACAUUUUAUUUAAUCUUGGGUUUAUUAUAUUAUUAUUAUUUGGUUUUUAAAUAUAAAAAAAAAGAAAUUGUCUGUCACUUUAAA